AUGAAUUCCACUCUAAUCAUCUUCCUUCUCUACCUCCUCCUCAUCGCCACCCCACCAUGUUCACUAAUCGCCUCCGCCGCCAGCAACUGGACCCUCCUCCACUCAAACAUUGGCAUCACCGCCAUGCACAUGCAACUCCUCCCUAACGACCGUGUAGUCAUUUACGACCGCACCGACUUCGGAGCCUCCAACCUCUCUCUCGCCAACGGUGAAUGCCGGAUAGACGCACACGACUAUGUUUUGAAGAGAGACUGCACUGCCCACUCUAUUGAGUACGACGUCGCAUCCAAUUCCUUUCGUCCACUAAUGGUUCAAACAGACAUCUGGUGUUCUUCAGGUGCUUUAAUGCCUGACGGCAGCCUCCUCCAGACCGGCGGAUUCAACGACGGAGAUCAUGUUGUUAGAGUUUUUAAAUCCUGCGAUACAUGUGAUUGGGUAGAAAUCACGUCGGCGUUGGUUAAACGGAGAUGGUAUGCAACUAAUCACAUUCUCCCCGGCGGACGCCAGAUUAUCAUUGGUGGUCGCCGGCAAUAUAACUAUGAGUUUUACCCGAAAUUGUCGAAGUCAGAGAAGGCUUAUAGUUUGCCAUUUUUAGUUCAGACGAAUGAUCCGAAACUUGAAAACAAUCUAUACCCAUUUGUGUUUCUCACUCCUGAUGGAAAGUUGUUCAUUUUUGCCAACAAUCGAGCAAUUCUAUUUGAUUAUGCGAGAAACAAAGUUCUCAAGGCUUACCCUGAAAUACCCGGUGGUGACCCGAGAAAUUACCCAAGCACUGGGUCUGCAGUACUACUUCCAAUGCGGAUUGUACAAGGUAAAGUAGCUGUCGUUGAGGUAUUGGUUUGUGGUGGGGCACCCAAAGGAGCAUUUGUGAAUGCGGAAAAUGGGAGAUUUGAUAAAGCUUUGAAAACUUGUGGACGGAUUCAAGUAUCCGACCCGAAUCCACAAUGGGUCAUGGAGACUAUGCCUUUAGCUCGUGUAAUGGGUGACAUGCUUUUGCUACCAAAUGGUGAUGUUUUGAUUAUUAAUGGAGGAUCCGCAGGUACCGCUGGAUGGGAAUACGGGCGGGACCCGGCUCUUUACCCGGUGAUAUACAAACCCGAUAACCCGUUUGAGGACCGGUUCGAGGCUCAGGUUCCGACCACAAUACCGCGAAUGUACCAUUCAACAGCUCUCUUGAUUCGCGAUGGGAGGGUGCUUGUUGGUGGAAGCAAUCCUCACAUAUAUUAUAAUUUCACAGAUGUACUUUAUCCAACCGAGCUUCGGUUGGAGGCAUUUCUGCCACCAUAUCUGGAUCCACGCUGUGCCAGGUCACGACCCAAGAUAACACCCGAUUCCCAAACCGAGUUUGGAUAUGGGAACCGGGUGGUUAUCAGGUUUAGGGUUGUGGAUGAGCUGGAUCCGGAUUCAGUCAUGGUGACAAUGGUUGCACCGGCUUUUAACACGCACUCGUUUUCCAUGAAUCAAAGGUUGUUGAUCCUUGAAGGUGGGAACACCACAAAGGCUAUUGGGAAAACAAAGUACCAAGUGAUUGUGACGGCGCCACCUUCCAGCAACAUUGCUCCGGGGAGGCAUUAUCUUUUGUUUGUGGUUCAUCGGCAAGUUCCAAGUGAAGGCGUUUGGGUUAAAAUUGGUUGA